AUGGCUUUUCGUUACAUCUUUGUGAUCAGUGCCCUGGUUGUCCUGACCCAAGGAUCAUAUCUGUCCCCAGUGGAUCAGGAAUCUGAUGUUGGCGUCCAUCACUCUGGAGUAGCUUCGUCUGGGGCAUCUGGUUCCGGCGCUCCCCGUGGUCAUCCCUCUGGAUCUCAACCUCAACGCCCCGCGUCAGGCUAUGGCUCCACCUCUGGCUCUGUUGGAGGACCAAGACGAUCCAGCGGAUCCAAUACCGCUAGGCCUCGUCCUCAUGGUGGUACUUCUCGUCGAUCAUCUGGUGCAUCCCUUAAUCGUCCUUAUGGCAGUGGCAAUCGUCAUCCUGCCAAUCGUCCUGCUGGCGGUGCCAACGCAGGUCACGGAAAUCCCCAACAGAACCGCAACCAGAAACCGUAUUAG